AGGAUGCGACGUUAUGAUUGGCCAAAUGAUAGAGAGUCCCGCCUCUUUCAUGGGAUGGAUGGAAAUGAUUGGACGAGGGAGAGACAGAAAGGAAAAAGGGCAGGGCACAUCUGACAGCUGAUAGCCUGUGAUACUUAGUGUAUCAAAAAGCUCGAUUUAAUAUAUUAAACUUUCAUGAAUGAAGAGUUAAAAUAAUUAAAUCCAAAGUAAUUUCUUUAAACUCAGAUGCUUCAUCUUAAACGGAAUUUCUCGCUAGAAGUUGACUAUUGUGAAUACAAUACCCACAAUUCAACUGCAAAGUACAUACGUCAACGUAAGACGUCAUAGUCAAUACACGGAAGUGGAUGCUCAUGCAACCUGUAUUUCUUGUAAUCUACUUACAGUGAGGCACAGUUGGUUUUGUAAAAGGACGCACCUAAACACUACGUUGAUCCCUUUUCGCAUGCCAAGGUCUAAAUCUAUCGGGACUUACUGAUUUAUAUAAUUUGUCCGCUGCAAGAUAAUAAUAGAAGUUAAAUCAGGUGAAUGGGUGAAAGGGACCUAGGAUAGUUCUGCAUUUCCAUUCAUUCAUCAGUAAAUCCGCGUACUCUAUUUGUAUGGGCUAAGUCCAGUUCCGUCACAUACAGUCUUCAUCUCCCUCGAUUGCUCUGCAGACCUAGCUCAGUAUUAAUACUCAAAAUGAGGAUGAUCACCUUUUUAUUGGUUGGACUGACAGUCCAUGUGGUCUUCUUCAUCUCCAUCUUUGACAUCUACUUCACCUCUCCCCUGGUCCAUGGAAUGACACCCCAAGCCACUCCGCUGGUACCCCCCGCCUCCAGACUGGUGUUGUUGGUAGCCGACGGUCUCAGAGCAGACAGUCUCUACACACUUCUCCAAAAUGGGUCAUCCAGAGCGCCAUACUUGAGGAAAGUGAUUGAAGAGAGGGGUACCUGGGGUGUGUCGCACACACACGUUCCCACUGAGACUCGUCCCGGACAUGUCGCUCUCAUUGCGGGCUUCUACGAGGAUGUAAGCGCUGUUGCUAAAGGGUGGAAAGAGAAUCCAGUAGAGUUUGACUCUGUGUUUAAUGAGAGCAGACACAGCUGGUGCUGGGGCAGCCCUGAUAUUCUGCCCAUGUUUUCCAAAGGUGCCAGUGGAGACCAUAUGUAUACCCACACAUACCCCGCUGGAGAGGAGGACUUUGCCUCCACAGACGCCUCCAGGCUGGACACAUGGGUGUUCACACAAGUCAAAACGUUCUUUAAGUCAGCAAAGUCUAACUCCAGUCUGAAGGCCAGUCUCCUGAAGGAUAGGAAUGUCUUCUUCCUUCAUCUGCUGGGCAUUGAUACAAACGGACAUGCUCACAGACCAAUGUCCAAGGAGUACCUGGAUAACAUUGCUCUAGUAGACACUGGCGUCGCUGAAAUGGUGUCGAUAAUAGAAGAAUUCUUUGAUAAUGACGGCCGAACGGCUUACGUGUUCACCUCUGAUCAUGGCAUGACAAACUGGGGUUCACAUGGUGCAGGCCAUCCCUCUGAGACCCUCACCCCCUUGGUGGCAUGGGGGGCUGGAGUUAACAGCGCCCACAAAGUCACUGAGCCCCAACCAUACGAUGACGGGUACCUACAAGAGUGGAACCUGCAGCACACUCGUAGAGUUGACGUUAAUCAGGCAGACAUUGCGCCCCUAAUGGCCUCUCUCAUUGGCGUGCCUUUUCCUCUGAACUCUGUGGGUGUGUUACCUCUCCUUUACCUCAACAACAGUGACCAGUUCAAGGCAGAGAGCAUGUACACUAAUGCUAUUCAAAUACUAGAACAGUUCAAGGUGAAAAUGACCCAGAAAAAGGAGACGACCUUGUCUUUUCUCUUUACCCCAUACCAGCCUCUAACUGAGUCAAAACAAGCAGAGUUUACACACAAGGCCAGAAUACUGAUUCAGCUGGAGAAGUAUGAAGACGCUAUCUCUCUGUGCCAGUCUCUGAUAUCUCGCUCUCUAGAGGGCCUCGUCUACUACCACAACUACGACAGGUUCUUCCUGGGUUGCAGUGUGGUGUUUGGAUUUGUCGGCUGGACCUCAUAUGUUGUCCUGGUCAUACUGAAGACUCAUGCCAGUCUGGACAGAAAUCCCAGCCUCCUCAGACAGACUCCAAGCCAUAGUCUGGCGAGGCUGUGUAUGUGCGUGACAGUGGGGAUCACUGUGUUCCUGCUUAUCCAAAGGAGCCCCGUUACCUACUACAUUUACUGCCUUCUGCCUGUUCCUGUGUGGUACUCUGUCCUUAAAGAGAGUGGAACUCUAACAGAUCUGAUCCGCUCUGCUCCCUCUCUGCCCCUGUGGAAAUGUUUCUGCUAUUUUAUGCUGGUGGCGUUUGGAAUCGAGCUGCUGGUGGUGAGCUUCUUUCAUCGCGCCAUGCUGACAGUUGGCCUCGCUUCCCUCUCUCUCUGGCCGUUCGUGUCCGGUCUUUUUGGCAGAGCAAAGGUUCGUUCUCUGAGCUGGUCUCUGGGCUGCCUGUGUUUGGCUGCUUUCCCCCUGAUGCCUGUUGUGGGUAGAGAGCCUAACAUACAUCUGGUUACCUGCGCAGGUCUUCUCACUCUCUUCACCUCAGCCUGUUACCUCUGGUCCUCACGACAUAGGACACCGCUGCACCUCAGCGACAGGCCCCAGUUUGUCACGCAGAUGCUCCUCGUGGCAGUGUGUGCGUACGUGCCCUCGCUCACACACUCCAGCCUGCAGCAGAAACAGGGUCUGCCUCUUCUUAAUCAGAUCAUCAGCUGGACCACAUUAGCAUCUUCAUUGCUUGUUCCUUUGUUGAGCUCCACACGUAUUUUCCACCGCCUCCUCAGCAUAUUCCUGUCUCUCACAGCCACAUACCUGCUGCUUAGCACUGGGUCAGAGGCCUUGUUUCCCCCUGUGUUGUCUUGGUUGAUGUUUGUUUGGAUCAACAUUGAACAGGAAGCUAUGCUGGCUCAGGGUGUCUCUGGGAGACAAGAGCUGUCCACUAUUGAUUUCUCAGCAAACAUCGACAUCACUAAGAUGCGGCAGCUGAAGUUGGACGAUAUCAGAAGAUCUUAUUUUUUCGUAUUUUUUAUAAUAACUGCUUUCUUCGGCACAGGGAACAUAGCUUCUAUUAACAGUUUUGAUCCAGCGUCUGUUUAUUGCUUCCUCACGGUCUUCAAUCCCUUCAUCAUGGGAGGUCUGAUGAUGUGGAAGGUUAUUAUUCCUUUCAUCAUAGUAAUGUGCACGUUUGAGACCAUCCAAGUUGCAACACAGCUCUCAUCAAGAAGUUUAUUCCUCAUCGUCUUGGUUAUCUCCGACUUGAUGGCUCUGCACUUUUUCUUCCUGGUGCAGGACUAUGGCAGCUGGUUGGAUAUUGGCACCAGCAUCAGCCAUUAUGUCAUAGUGAUGUCAAUGACCAUCUUCCUGAUGUUACUCAGUGUGGUCACACACACCUUCACCUCAAAAAGACUCCUCCUGUGGAGAAGACCCAAGAUGCACUUCACCUGAGCAAACAUGCAUUGCUGUGAAAUGACUCUUUUGUAUUUAUUUGACUCUUUUUAUAUACAGUAUGUCUGAUAAAGCUUUUGCCUUAUGGAAUCCCUUUACUUAUUUAAUAUAUGGUAUAGGCUGGAAAUACUCGUUUCUGUUGUUUGGGGGAAUUCUCCUCUUAAAUGUCCUUUUAAAGCAGAAGUUUGAUGUAGUCUUCUCAGAAGAAUUUACAGUAUGACUAAGUGUGAAAAUUAAAUCAUGGACUAGGGUAGAAUAUAACUUGAAGUAAUCAUUUUCAUAAGAAAUGACUCAUCAGCUGUUUUCUUUCCUUUGUAUUAUUGUUUGGUUAUUUUUACGUUGUUGUCAUAAUGUGAUUGAAGGGAAUUAAUAACUUUUUAAUGAUUAAGAAUCAACUCAUGGUUAAACUGUAAUGACUUUCUCUUACCUCUUGGUAAACCCAUACUGACUUUCUCUUGCACUGCAGUCGUUUGAAUACUCCCUUGUUUGACUGACGUUGUUUUUUGUACAUUGAUUCAUUGAUGAAGUCAUAAAGUAUUUGAUAUUUUCCAAAAGUGCUGCUUCAUCAUCUAAAGAAUGUUAAUUUAUUGAAAUGCUGUUUCCUGUAAAGUUGCCUCCAAUGUAUCAUGUUGAGAUGGAGAAGGGAUGCUACUUUUAUUUAUCGUGUCUGUACUAAUUAAACUGAAAGAGUAAACUAGAAA